AUGCCUUCGUUGUCGGCUUACACUCCGUUUGAGUCGCUGCUCUUCUUCCAAUCUCUCGCGACCCUCCAGGCCCGCCCGUCAAACUUCACGGCCAUCUCCCACCUACUACGCAGCAAUCAGUUUAUUCGCGACAAUGCCGCGUUCAACGCCGACCGCCUCAGCCCGGAGGCCCUCGAGGACCUGUACUCGACAUUGAUGCGUGACGGUCUGGCUAGCGAUGGCAGUCUGGCUUUGCCCCCGGCGACGACCGAGCAGAACGGCAACCCAAAGAAACGCAAGAUCCGCAUAGAAGGCGUUAACGAUGCAGCCUCCCAUGCAGAAUUAGUGCCGGAGCUCGUCUCGUAUCUGUAUGCCCGAUACAAGGAGCUGGUGACAAAGGAGAUUGCAUAUGAGGAGAAACGGUACCGCGAGAUCAGCGACGAGAUCGCACGCCUGGAACAGGAAGAGGCCCGAGAAGAACGAGUAGCGACUCCAGCGGGCACUCUUUCAGCACCAGAACCGAUGGACCUGGAUGUCAAGGAAUCGCCUGCUGCUCCGCCGCCGGCCAAGGGAGUCGCUAAACCGGUUGUCGAACCGCCCAAGGUGGAGGAGGAGAUGAAGGAGCUUCCGGCUACACCCUCCAAGAAGCCUACGGCACCUCAGAAACCUCCCAAAGUUGUUUCACCCAUACCGAUUCCUGUCCUAGCUCCUGAACCAAGCGUAUCGCAACCAGCAGGAACAUCACAACCAUCACCACCACCGCCGCCGCCACCUCCUCUUGAACAACCUCCUACGAAACCUCUCCCACAACCUCCCGCGCAACCUGCUGUCCCACUUCCUGCAAAACCUCCUUCGCAACCGGCAGCUGUAGCGCCGCCACCGAAUGGUCAGCAAGCACCAUCACCUGUCGUGGAAAAGCCAUCUCAACUCCAACUGCCGAAUGGAAAUGCAGCUGCGGGUCCUCCACAUCCAUCAAGCGUCGGCCCCCAGGCAACUCCCAUAGCCAGAAAAACCUCGCCUUCUCCUCCUCCAACCCCUCAAUCUCAACGCCAGCCAGCCCCCGCGAGUGCUGCACGAACGCUCCCAGUGCCCCCGCGCCAGUCCGCCCAGACCCCCGCCUCGGCUGCCAAGGGUGUCCGAAGGACCUCUACAUCGGCCAAAGGAACCCCGCAGCGCCCUCCAAACCAGCAGCCAUAUUCAACUUGGCAUGAGAAGCAACUUCCCCCACCACCUUAUCCUCCUCCAUCUCCUGAAACCUUCGCCCCCGGCGCGACCCCGACCCCUCAGUCGGCGCCGCCAGUAGCUGGCACGACACAACCUCAGGCAGCACCCCCUUCUCGGCAAGCUGCCCCGGUUCCGGCCGGAAGACGUUCCAGUAUUGGUCUUCCAACCACCGUACCAUCGACGCCCGGUCCAGUGCCGUCAGCUGCAUUCCAAACACCCAUCCCCCCUACUUAUGUACCUCAGACGCCGGGUGCCCUCACACAGACACCUCUUCCAUUUGCAUCACGGAGCCACCGCCCGUCUCUACUGUCGGUUGCCACACCAGGCUCUCUCACUCCAUGGAAGUCUCUUCCUCGUCUGAGUAUACCCGAUACUCCCGGCUCCCCCGUUCGGCCGCGAGCGGAAGAGAUCAGUCCCAUCAGCGACCGAGCGCCAUCACCAAUCGAGGCGUUACCACCUCCACGUGCUCCCGAACCACGCCGUCGAGGCCGCCCGCCUGGUAAGAAACGCCGGGAUGCGAGUACGACUUCUUCGCAGGGCCGUGGGCGUUCUGUGACCGCGCGCGAUGAUAAGGCUCCGACUACGACUCCGGCUACAAUGGAACCAGGAGCUGGCCGGAUCAAGCGCGAAACUUUGGACGACGGAGACCUGGACGGUCGUGUUGCCUCUCGCCGCAAGUCGAGUCUUCAACUCGGUCCAGCCGAGGAAGCAGCACCGCCCCCCUCCACGAAGGGUAGGCAGAAACGCAAACGUGGUGCGAGCGAUUCUGCCGAGCGGGAGGGAUCUUCUGCACAUGUUUCUACUGUACCGGCUGUUCCUCUCUUUGACACCCACUCAUACGUGCUCUGUACGCGCAACUUCCCGCGCACGGGGGCCCCGAUCAUGAACGACGUGACGAUGCACAAACACGCUUCGAUUUUCGCUAAACCACUUGCAGAGCGCGACGCCCCGGGGUACCGUGACUUGAUCUACCGGCCGCAAGACCUGAAAUCGAUCAAGUCGGCAAUCCACCAGGGCAGCCGGGCGAUGGCCGCCGCAACCGAAGCCGCCAGCACGCCAGCGGACGGCGAGUCGCCGACGCCGACGACUGCACUAGCAACAGGUAGUACUGGAGGACCAGCAACGCUGACUCCCGGCACAGGAAGCACGCCGUUGAAGAAUGCAGUGCUGAUGCUGCAGAAGACGGAAGAGGUGAUUCCGCCGCGGGGGAUCGUCAACUCGGCGCAGUUGGAGAAAGAGCUGAUCCGCAUGUUCGCCAACGCAGUCAUGUUCAAUCCAAUCCCGCAGCGCGGGUUUGGCCCGGCGUUCCCGAUGAUCCGCGACCGGACGGGACUCGACGGCUCCGAUGCUCGCGACGACGCCGCGUGCGGGAUCAUCAAGGACACGCGCGAGAUGUUCGACGACGUCGAGCAGGCUGUUACGCGGUGGCGGGCGGCGGAACGCACCGCGGACGAGUUGGCUAGCAAGUCGGUGUUUUCCUUGCGGCGGGGGAGUCCAAGUGAUGGAGACUAG